UGAGAAAAAUUGAAGAAAAAAAAUUUCUGUCACCAAAGGUGUUCUCUCAGUGGGACAUUCCGUAAAUAUGAGGAAGGUUGUGGAAAUAAUUUUAUAUUUUUUACUAUUUCACCAAGUUCAAGGCCACGGAAGAUUACUUGAACCACCCUCUAGGUCUUCCAUGUGGCGUUUCGGAUACAACAGCCCUCCCAAUUAUAACGACAAUGAACUUUUCUGUGGUGGAAUCUAUGUGCAGUGGUCCAUCAACGCUGGUAAAUGUGGAGUGUGUGGUGAUGCAUAUAAUUUACUUCAGCCCAGACCCAAUGAAGCUGGUGGCUUGUACGGAAAAGGAAUUAUUGUAAGAAACUAUAUGCAAGGACAGGUUAUAAAAGCAACAAUUGAUCUGACAGCAAACCAUUUAGGAUAUUUUGAGUUUAGAAUAUGUCCGAAUAACAACGCGAAAAAAGUAGUCCAACAAAAAUGUCUAGACCAGUAUCCUCUCGAACUUGCUGAUGGAUCUGGAACAAAAUAUUACGUGGAUGGUGCAGAGAUGGGAUUAAUUGACAUAUACUUGAGAUUGCCACAGGGAUUGACUUGCUCACAGUGUGUGUUGCAAUGGCAAUAUAUUGGAGCAAAUAAUUGGGGAUUUUGUUCUGAUGGAACUCAAACACUUGGUUGUGGACCUCAGGAAACGUUUCGUUCAUGUGCUGAUGUAUCAAUUGAAAGUACCCCGAGGAACCGGAACUUAUUUCUAAAAUCUCUGUAUUCGAAAACAUUCUAGUCAAUGAAAUAUUAAAAAAUUUAUUCUGUUU